CUUUUCUUUAUUGGAGGCACUGGGCUUUUCUGGUGACUGGAAUUCUUUCUUCUUUUUUUUUUUUGUCUUUUGUUAUUUGUUUUUAGUAAGGGAUGGGCUUCUUUACAAGUGAUCCCCCAUUCUAAAUAACUUAUUCCCACGCCGAAGCAAGUAGUACUAAGUUUGACACCUCCCCCGCCAUUUCCACUUCCUGAAGCUUCGAUUCCUCCCACUGUGAUCGCUAUCUUUGCUAUCCAAAAGAAAAAAAAAAAGAAUAAGGCUGUUUUUUCUUCCUUCGCUAAUGGAUCCGAUUCUUUCUUUAGCGGCGCUUUCAGUUGUUCUUGGGGCUGUGAUCGCUUUCGUUUUCUUCAAAAGCUACCUUCUCAAACAAAGAUCCGAAGUCCAGACCAUUGCGAAACCCGAGCUUCAUUCAUAUCCCAAAAAGCCAUCGAAGCCUCCUCAGCCUAUUUCCAAAAAGUCUCACUCUCGUGCCUCUGACAAGGAUCAAAACAAGCGUCAUCAUCCAUUGGAUUUGAAUACUCUUAAAGGUCAUGCGGAUUCGGUCACAGGGCUGUGUUUCUCCUCUGAUGGUCGUAAUCUGGCAACAGCUUGCGCUGAUGGAGUGGUGAGGGUGUAUAAGCUGGAGGAUGCUUCAAGUAAAAGUUUCAAGUUUUUAAGAAUUAGUCUGCCUGCUGGAGGUCAUCCAAUAGCUGUUGCAUUUUCUGAUGAUGCUUCUUCCGUCGUUGUGGCUUCUCAGAGUCUGACUGGUUGUUCCUUGUAUAUGUAUGGAGAAGAAAAACCAAAAACUGCCAAUGAAUCCAAGCAGCAGACAAAGCUUCCUCUUCCACAAAUUAAGUGGGAACACCACAAAAUCCAUGAGAAACAAGCAAUCCUGACUUUAACUGGAUCUACUGCAAGUUAUGGAACUGCAGAUGGGAGUACCAUUAUUGCCUCUUGUUCAGAAGGCACUGAUAUCAUACUUUGGCAUGGAAGAACUGGGAAAAUUGUAGGGCAUGUUGACACUAAUCAGUUAAAAAAUACCAUGGCUACUAUAUCACCAAAUGGCCGUUUUCUUGCUGCUGCAGCCUUUACAGCGGAUGUAAAGGUGUGGGAGAUUGUAUAUUCCAAGGAUGGUUCAGUCAAGGAGGUUUCAAAGGUUAUGCAGCUUAAAGGGCACAAGAGUGCAGUGACUUGGUUAUGCUUUUCUCCGAACUCAGAGCAAAUUAUUACAGCAUCCAAGGAUGGUUCAAUAAGAAUUUGGAACAUCAAUGUUCGUUACCAUCUUGAUGAGGAUCCAAAAACUCUGAAGGUGUUUCCGAUACCACUUCAUGAUUCAAGUGGUUCUUCUUUGCACUAUGAUCGUCUCAGUUUAUCCCCUGAUGGAAAGAUACUGGCAACAACUCAUGGUUCAACAUUGCAGUGGCUAUGCAUGGAAACAGGAAAGGUUUUGGAUACAGCUGAGAAUGCCCAUGAUGGUGAUAUUACGUGGAUUUCAUGGUCACCUAAGACUCUACCACUAGGAAAUGAACAAGUGGUGGUUCUGGCUACGGCAAGUGUUGACAAGAAAGUGAAAUUGUGGGUAGCACCAUCAGUAAAUUCUUCAUGAGCAAAUCUUUACCUUCACCGUCAAGGAUUUCAUGGAGCCCAGACAUAAUUGUGGAUGCUCUUUAGAUCUGCUCAACAGUCCUAACUUCAAUAGUUAAGGUUAAAACAACUUGAUGAGAGAACAUGGGCAGCUCUUCUUCUGGAAAGGUACAAUGCUUGUAGGCAUGGUCAUUUGAGCAGAUAAGAGGAAUCUUACAUAUAUUGCUUUAAGGGUGUAUUUGGGAUUGCUUUUUUUUUUUUUCUAAAAACAAUUUUCAACAAACUAUAUGAGAAUUCAGUCUUGGAAUGACAGCGGCUGUUCUGACUUAAAAAAGUGUUCCGCAGAGAUGUCCUUUGUAUUUCCGUUAUUAUGUUCGCUGCAAACAGAGUAAGAACGAGAUAAACAUGCCAUUCCAAAGUGCAAACCAAUCUGUACUUGCGGAUUAUCUUCCCGAGGGCUUGCUUGUGAUGGCAAAAUCCUUGCUUAGUUUUAGUUAAGUGAAAAAUUAAUGCAUUAUUAUAAAAAAAAGCUAAACAGAAUCAA